UCGUCCCCCUUAGCCCUCAGCGGCCAUGAGUCGCUUCGUGGGGUGGGACCGUUGGUGGGGGGUGGCAAGGGACUGGAUUCGGCCCCCCGCCUCACCGUGGGAUCCCACGCCUCCAACGCCAGUUUGGCCGGGGCUGCCUUAUUGUCUUUGGCCUUGGAGCGGCCGCCGGCCUCUUCCCCCUCGUCAGCCCACCCGCCCCUGUCGCACCCUCAUCACCACAUUGUGCAACACCAUCCUCCCCCGGUUAGCACGCCCAACAGCUUGGCCUUGCAUCCCGUUUCGCUGGGGGGCGUAACGACGGUGGUGGGUCCGGUUUCGUCAGGCGGGCCUGGUCCGGGUGAUGGUCGAAUGCGAAUGAUUCGUUUGCCUCCGGGUCACACCCCGGCCUUGCCUCAAUCGCCAGUGCGCCAGUCCGCCUUACUCAUGAGUUCAGCCUCAAAUCUGAAUCGGCCUCGUCUGCCCCAAUCGCCCGUACCGUUGCCGCAGACACCCAUUAAUCUCGUACCUGCCCGCCCUCACGCCCGAGGGGGGACCUUUAAAACCGCGCCCAAGCUGAUCAUGAAUUCCAACACGUUGGCUGCCAUGUUACCCAAGACCCCAACGCCCGGAUUCUAUCCCCCCUCCACUUCGCAAUCGGGGGCCUCGGUGACCGGCAUUCUCCCCACCAACCCGGUCAGCUUGAUGCCUCCCAGCGCUUUCGCGGGUAGUGGCUUGGCGGGCACGGCUCCUCGGAGUCAUCUGCCUCAGCCCCCAUCCAAUCUUCAGCCGCCGGUGCGAAUGCCUCACCUGCAGCCCUCGCAUCCAUCCCAACACCCCCCGCAUCUGAAAACCCAAUCGCAUCCGCCUCCUCCAUCGCUCCACCCUACCCUCCAGCAGCCCCAACGGCAUCUCCUGCAGAGGGUCCAUCGGCGCCAUGACUUGGACAAAGGCUUGGACAUGAGUGAUAAACACGAAGUUCUGACCCACAACGCCAAGGGACGGCGGACAGUGGGCUUCCCCUCCCAUCAUCAAGUUCAAAUGACGUACUCCCCCAGGUCCGCUCGGGCACCUCAGGCCACUUCAAUUGUUGGCGGGAAGAUUAUGGCUUCUAGACAGCUCAAUCCGGCUCUCCAGGACCAUAACUACGCGUCUCGUCCACCUCCUACCCCGCCCCAGAGUCCCACAACUCUAUCUGGUAACGCGGACAGUCCCUCGUCUUUCAACACGUUUGGCAUUGCCUCGGACCCCAACCUUAGCGCUACCCAUGCCAUGGUCGUCGGAAAAUCUCCCAUCCUACCGCCCACUGCAGCACUUGAUCUGGGCGUGGCGGCUAACGUGAGUCCCAGCCCUCUUUCGGGGACUGCCCUCGAGCAAGCCAAUACAGUAUCCAUCGAAGAAGCGGGCGUGGGGCCCAUGGCCCCUUUGGUUGCGGCUGCCGCUGCGGUUCAGGCCGCCGCGGCCCAAGCUGCCACCAAGGAAGAACGCCCCACCGCCCCCAAUGCGGGGGUUCCUCACCCGUUAGAGAAAGACGUUGCGGAUGAGGAGGACACGCACUCCGGAAGUCAGCUCAGUCCAAGGGGCGGGAGUGAGGGCGAGGGUGAGGAGACAGAAACGGCCCCUGAAGGAGAAAACGAGGAUGAUGACGACGAGGAUGAUGACGACGAAGACGAGGAGGCCGAGGAAGUGGUGGAGGGUGACGCUCUCAAUGAGAGUUUGAAUAAGACGAGCAAGGAUCAAGAUGAUUCUAUCACCAGAUGUAUUUGUGAUUUUCUUCAUGACGAUGGCUACAUGAUCUGUUGCGACAAAUGCCUAGUAUGGCAACAUGUGGUGUGUAUGGGUUUGGAUCGGAACAAUAUCCCCGACGAGUAUCUCUGCGAAAUUUGCAAGCCCCGACCUGUGGAUAGGAAACGGGCUAAGACUCUUCAGGCUCGUCGGAAAAACGAGAUUUUCAACAAUUCUAGUUCGAGUGAAGAAGGCGGAUCGCGAUUAUCAUUGGGCGCUCGAUCUGCGCUCAAGGGACUGCGCGCAAAGUCCAAGGUGGCGGACAAGAAGCCCGAGAUCGGAGCUAAAGUGACCAAAAGGAAAGCCAAGUGGACCCCCGGCAAAGGCGUACUGAAUCCUAUUCCCAAAGCGGACACAAGAUUAGUGUCGGCAAAUAAAAGCAAGAAGCAAUAUCGAAAGCGGAAGCCCAUUGAUAAGGAUUCCAAGAAAGGCUCAUCCGGCAUUCGAAGGCUAAGCGGUCGAAGGAAGUCCACCUCGAUUGUCCAGCCUCCCUUGUCCAUUCUUGGCCAAGAAGACAUUCCUCCCGAAGACGACGACAACGACGAGGAGGAUGAAGAAGAUCUACUAGAGCCUGAGCUCGAAGCGAAUCAGCACCUUCGCUCAUGGAUCGAUCAUUAUGAGGAAGCGGUCACCAAUCACUAUUCUCCAGAACUAAGGGCUCGGCUCCAAGGAGCCAAAGUGACGAGUGAUUUACGUAGCAGUGCCAUCGGAGGACCAGUCAAAUGUAACGUGUCUCUGAAAGGAAAUGGAGUCAAGAUCUUGACUGCAUACGCCAACAUGACUGCGAACACGCCUGUGAUUGAGUGCAGAGGGAAGCUGAUGCUGAAGAGCCAAUACCGGUCGCCAACUAAAAGCAAGACGCAUGCCCAUCCAGACUCGCCAUAUGUUUUUUCGCACAAGCUAGGAGACUCUCUCGAGAUUUGCUUGGAUGGAAAAACCUACGGCAAUGACAGUCGAUUCUGUCGACGUUCCCCCAAUCCGAAUGCUCAAUUGAAACAUGUGUUGGACCGAGGAUCUCUCCACAUCUUCAUUGUCAGCACGAAACCCAUUGAAAAAAAUCAAGAGAUUCUUCUCCCGGAAGUGGAGCACAGUGUGACCAAUCACAGCCCAUCGGCUCCUCUCCCUUCCAUCAACGCGGAUCUGAGGGAAAUCAAGAAGCCCAAUGGAUCACUCUCCAUCAAUGAAGGGGGUCAGGCCCCGUUGUCGGGGGGCUUGACUGGAAAUCGAAAGACCUUGGGAGUCAAACCGCUGAACUUCUCUGUAGCCGCUGGUGCUGCUGCUUCGCCUUUGCUUUCCACGGCGGGUGCGCCCACGGCUAGCUCUCGAUCACACACGGGCUCAUCACUUGCAGCUCCAGGGAUUUCCUCUAUCAAGAAGAAGGUGGCCAAUGCCGGCGCUUCCUCUACUUCUGCUCCAUCGAAGAAGAAUCAGGGCCCUUCCAAGCCCACUUUGAGGAAAACUAGUCAGAAAGUGGCCACGAAAUCCCCGUAUGUGGUUCAUUCUGACCACUCGGACGAAGGCCUCGAUUCGCCCUCGUCCCAAGCCGAGGAGAGUAACAACCUGUUUAAUGGGAAAGAGAUGAAAGAAGAGCAAGAAGAGAGUGAGAAACCUUUGGACGAAUUGGGCCACCAUCGAGAACGUAGGUUAAGCAAAGGUUACGAUUCGCAGUCCAGCCUCUCCCCGUCCAAAGGCAAACCCAGUCCAGGAAAACUUGGGCUACCUGACAAUAGUGGCCUCAUUGUGGGUGUGAACACGAUCAACUACGAUGCUUCAAGCUCAUUGAGAAAUAAGGCCAAGUCGAGAGAGGAGCGAAAAAUGGAGAUGAUCAUGAAGGCUAUUGAACAAAUGGAAAAGGCUGAACAACGCAAGAAGGACCUAACCGUAGAAGAGCAACGACCCCUGGGACCCAUGAAGAGACGCCGAAGCCAGUCAUCCAAGACGCAAAAUAAUACGGAUUCGGCUUUGGACGCAUCCUCUGCCGAUGAGGCCAAGUCAGAAACUCGUCGGGUUGCCAGAAAGAAGGCAAGGAAGAGUGGCUCAAACACCCCGCAGAGAAGGCGUUCCCGUCUUCUCUCGGGUGGCUCUCAGUCCGCCCUGUCCGAAACGGAAGGCUUGAGCAACAACGAGUCAACGCCUAACACUGCUGAAAGUCCAAACGGACCCUUUCGGUUCCCGAAGACCAAAAAGAUGCUCAUGUCAGAUUGGCAGCAUGAGUCGGAAUUGGCCGGUGGCGAGGAUGACGACGUGUCUGCCAGUUAUCUCAAAGGAAGCCGAAGUCCCCCUGGGAUUGCUACUCAUUUAUUGAGAGCCACGGCGCCUCAAAGUCCCAACAAAUCCGUUUGUUCGGCCAAAAAGCGUUGGCUGAGGCAAGCUAUAUCUGAGGACCAAACCGAAGAAGACGAAAACAACCACCAUCGCCGUCAGCAACAGCAACAGCAGCAGCAGCAGCAACCGCAACAACAACAGCAACAGCAACAAGCAAGACAUCAGUCACUGGAACACACCAGUUUUGUCCCCAUCCAAAAUGGUGGGGAUGGCGAAAGUCCAAAUGAGACAGUCAAUGACUACGUAACUCCGUUGAAGAAGCGUCGUUUAGAGAACUACAAAAAUGACCAGGAAAGCCCCAACUCUGAGCAAGAGGCUCCUGAGACCAUGAAAGUGGAGGAGGAAUCCGUACCCGAAGGCGAAGAGAACCCCUCUCAAGUACUAGAUCACACGGAUUCGAAAACGCCUUACGGUCCCAGCAGUCUGAAGAAGAAACUGUUGAACAACUUGGUUUUGGAAGCCGUACUUGACAAGGCCAUGCAAGAUAUGUUGGGCUCGGAUACGAUUGUUGACCAUCAUGCGAGUGACGAGGAAGGAGUAAAACGACGUCAAGAACAGCAAGAGCAAGAAGAAGAGGAGGAGGAAGCCGAAGCCGAAGCCGAAGCCGACGUCGAGGAACACGAAGGGGAAAACAAGCAUGUAACUUUCAAGAAUGAGAGAUACUUUGACCAUCCUGCAAAAGACGAGCCCAAGGAUGUCCCAAUCUCGAGACCCGAGGUGACCAAACUGGAACUGAACGAUGAGAGUGGCAAUUGUGCCAUGGAGUUUUCUCUACCGCCUUGCACGUCGAACGCUCGAGGCGAAUCGGCUCGAAAAAGCUUUCGUCAGUCAGCCAAAGUGUCGGUCAAAUGUCGUUCCCCAUCCAAGAAGAGGAGGAACAGCCAGCCCGAGGAAGUCCACAAAAGCGACCCGAUCAAACCGCCUUCUCCCAGUGAUGUAUUUAAAUCGUUCUUCAAGCCUAACGUGUCCUUGGAGGCGCUCGAGGCUCAAAUCGAAGCAGCCAAGCGAGAACGGGAAGCCAAUCUCAUGGAAACCUCCACCCCACCUACAUCAGUGUCUGAAAUCAAGGCAGAAUCGCCGGAGCCCUCCUCCAAAUCUGAGCUCUCCUUUAAAUCUGAACUCUCGUCCUCUCUGGUCGUCAAUUCACCAGAAAUGAAAAAGUCUUUACCUGUCAUUAAUGACCCGCAUUCUGCGCCCAACGAAAUCAAAGCCGAACUUUCAGAACCAAAUGACGACGAAGUCCCAAUGAAACAAGGACACGAGAAUGAAUCAAUUGCCCAGUCACUCGUUUCUGAAUUGGACGCAACAACUCCUAAACCAGAAGCAGUGCCUGAAGCGAAAGUAGUUGAAGAAUCUCCGUCCAAUUUGUUUCCAAGCGAAGAGCCCAUUGUCAGCACUCCUAACAGCACCCCAUCGGUGGACACCCUGGAACCCAAAGAACCUCCUCCUCCUCCUGCUCCUCUUCCUCUUCCUCAGCUUCUCCAAACGGCACUGACAAAGCCCAAAGAGAAGCGCCGUGUUUCCUUGGCCGACUACAAACGUAGACGGAAGAUCGAGGACAACUCUCCGAGCCCGAGUGCCAAGGUGGCCUCUUCGCCCUUACCCAUGGCGACUACAGUGGCGGGAAAAGGGACUACUUUGCCGAUCGUAGCUGCAGGAGUGGGGGGUUCCAUCUCGUGUUCGUCUUCCGGUGCAUCUUUACCUUACCCCUCUACCGUACCUUUGUCGAUAGGCCAGUCUGAGUCCAGAUUAACGUCCUUUGGAGAUCCAGCUACAUUGGGCGAAUUGUCUCGUCUCAAGCCAGGACCGGAACUCAUUUCAGGUGAUCCCCAAGAAGAUGGACCUGGAACGCCUACCUUGGACGAGCAAUCUCUAAAUCUCAACCCUCCACCCACUCUAAAUGCCUUGCCACUCUUCGAGAAGCUUGAAAAACUAGAGCGAGCUCAGAAAGAGUGCAAGUUAAAAGUACAAAAUGCAUUGCUACCUGAAUCCAUUGCUCCACCUCCCGUGCUGCCUGUCGUCAGUAUUCCGGAACCGAAGCGAGAAAACCUAACCGAGCGCUUGAAGAAAGAAUUCGGUCUCAUGGUGGAUGACGAGUCCAACACCGAAAACGAAGGCGACUCCACGCCCACUACUGAAGAGUCGUUCAAGAACAGUAGCGGGGUUUUGUCUCACGACGACCAUGCCUCCAUGUUACAUCCAGGGCCACACAUCCCUGCCGUCAGUCGAUUGCCCACGAACUUCCCCACCAAUCCCACGCCCUAUGCCGGCUAUCCUCCAGGGAAUCCGUAUCCACCGCCUCCCCCUCCUCUUCCUUCUUCGCUGGCUUUACCCUUGCCGCUGUCUAACGUGCCUCACUAUCCCAAACCCAACACCGGAAUCCUUCCCGUACGACCUUACCCCGGGGGACCCCCUCAUCCGCCCCCAACCACGAAUAACCAUCAUGGUUCGGGAGGGCCGCCUCCGCCCCCACCGCCUCUUCCUUACUUCGAUCCCAGGGAAAACCAGAGUCCGGGGAUGAAUGUGGGUUAUUCGUCGCAGAGUGGUGCCGCGCCCUCUUCUUUUACCAGCUACAACCCGCCUCAUCCCCCGCCUCCUAACGGGAAAGAGGAGCCGCUAGGAAGGUCGUCGCGUCGAGGUCAUCCUUCUUCGUCCUCGUCCGAAUCAAAGGUCGACGCCUCGUAUGGCUGUAAAGGAUAUUACAGCAGCACGCGAGAUCGUCGGGAUCGCAAUCGCGAUUAUGAUUCGCGUGACCGCGAUUACCGAGGCUCCCCAGGCAAUGAAAGAGACUAUCACCAUGGCCACCAUCACCGUGGGAGUGGAUCCCACAAAAGUCGUUACGGGUCGUCAUCGUCAUCGUACAACAAUCGCUUUUGAAGGACGGGGCUUCCAGAGUUACAGUGGUUUACUCCGUGCCCGACGGGUUUGGGGAUCCCCCUUGGCCCAUUUUGUCAUGUCCUUACCAGUGGUUCUCGCCGUAGGUGCCCGAAGAAGGCGCACGAUUUUCCUCUGUAAAAGUACAAACCUCAAACCAAUCGUUUCGUGGUGUUGAGGGACUCCAAUCGUCCGACAACCCCCGCCCCAGGUUCGGUCCUUGGUUCGGCAUUUUCACACCCCAGAUAUGAAUAGAGUGAACGUGAAAUGUGCGAGCAUUGCCCCACUACCGGGUCAUCCGUGCGAGCUCCAUCUAAUGGCCUCGACCUCCCAAUCUCAGGCUCGUUCGUUUUCACCUCGAGGAUGGGGUGAGCUGUCUAUGCGAUUCCAUCGCUCCGGCCUUGACAACUCCUGGCCCUGAGUCGUCAACCACCAGGGAAACCUUCAUCAUCUCAUCGCUUCACUCCUCCACUCGCCCACACACACACACACACACACACAUAAAUAUAUAUAUAUAUAAAUAUCUAUUUUUGAUGUCUGUUUCCAUUCAUCUCUAGAUUUAAAAGAUAUCGAUAAUUGACAGAGGAAGAAGCAAAAGUUCAAAUACAGAUCAGUAUACGAGAGAA